CGGACCAACUAUGGUUGCAAAACUGGUAUAAAACGAUGACUGAAUACAUCCCUGGAAUUGCUUUAUUUGAUGUUUGUAAACAACAUCGUGGGAUCGAAGUUGAUUUAAUUUCUCUGAAACUUUAAGCUAAAACAUAAAUUUUAAAUGUUCAAAAGUGCAUAGUUUACUCUGUAGUAUUGUUGAUGUAAUGGAGUUUCUCACUGGGGGAGGUCAAAAGAACACUGUUCGAGCGGCAUGCAAAAAGUGCGGAUACGCCGGUCACUUGACGUAUCAGUGCCGUAAUUAUCUGAAGAUCGAUGAAACCCGCCAAACCAUUGUACCCGAAGAAAAAAAAUCCAGCAGUGAAUCUCCCGAGCUGAACUACUUGACUCCAUUGCAAGAACUCAGACGCCAAGAAGAGCAGGAAGAGAGCGCUCGAGCGGAAAAACGUGCCGAGAAGGAGCGCAGGAAGGCUGCCAAAAAACUGAAGAAAAAAUUGAAACGCAAACAUUCAACAUCCACUUCAUCCAGCGAGGACUCCGAGGCGGAACGUCGACAUCAUAAAAAGUCUUCUAAGAAGCAUAAAAAAGAAAAGCAGAAAAAAACCAAAAGCAAGAAGAAGAAAUCUCGGAGAUCUUAUUCCAGCAGUAGUGAUUGAUUCUUAUGACAUAUUUAAGGUUGUUUUCUUAAAUAAAAAGUAAGUAUGUAAUUCUGAGGCAGACUUGUAA